CAUAUGGGUACAUAGUGUAAUUUCCUAGUGCACAAACAAUUACUUCCUUAAUAAAAUAAUAUAUCCAUAUUUACUUUCCUAUUUCACUUUUAGUAGACAAAAAUAGAAUUUUUUCAAAUUUGAGUCUAAAAAUUCCGAAUUGACAUUUCUUUAAUGAUUUACCAGCCAAAAUCCGAGAACACCUUAAGUGUUGAAUUUAAUUAAAAUGUUUGUACCAGUGACACAACGUUACAGGUAAGAGAGUCUUAAGCCGCGUCAAUCAACGUAGAGCGCUAUCGAUCAAACUUUGACGGGAUUCGGGAUCCGGUCACGGGACAUUGUACAACAUACACUGACAACAAAUAUAUAAGACAGCAACUCCCCCUGCGAUGAAGCACAUUCGAAUAUUGCAUCUUCACAUUACAACAUGGAUACUCAUUACUCCGGUGGAAAUCUAUUAUGUCUUGUGGUCGUCAUGACCUUGUAUUGUGCUGUGCCUAUUCACAGUGCACCAACACCAUACAAGACAAGUGAAGCAACACAAGAACCCCCCGAAAUGAAGAUAUGUCAGUCCUGUGAAUUGUACUGUAUGUCAAAACACAAUGUUGUUACUGAUAUCUGCAACGAGUGCCAGUGUGAACCACCAAAAGCAGAGCUGACCAUUCCCAACAAGCACUACUGCUAUUUCAGGAAAUGUGAACAAGAAUGUGAUAAAGGAUAUCAAACUGAUUCAAAUGGAUGUCCUACGUGUGAUUGUAUUGCUUGAACAUGAACAUGAACAAAUAUUAUUGUAUUGCUUGAGCAUGAACAUGAACAACUAUUAUUGUUAUUCUCUUUGAAUUACCUGGCUGUGAUCUCUAUCUUUGUUAUCUA